AUGGAAAGUCGUGAGCAAAUAAGCGAUGCUAUUCCAUCCCGAGUGGCGGAGGCCUUGGUGCACGACAUCGCAAAACCCCGGGCAGUCGGAGAUGGUUACCACAUCGGUCCAGUCGGCAUCGGGAAUGUGUCUCCUCAUCUCGGCGACUCCGAUGGCAGGGUCAGAAGGCCCAUGUGGGCGCGGAUCAUGCAUGGAGGGGUGCAGAAUAGGAACAGGGAGACAAUGGAACUUCCCCUCCAACAAUACAGAACUGGAGGGCCUGCCCCUGCACUCACUCCGACACUGAAACCCGAACCGGUUCAAGCGACGCCACGAUCCACGUCUACGCCUCCACAGCUGGGCAGUCGCCUUGCACACGAGCAUGCCAUGGUAAGUGCUAAGGUGAGAGCUCCGUACCGGAUCUACCCCUUCGUCCGCAUCCGUCGCCGGCCAUGGAAUCUCCGACGGACGAUCGGAAAUGUCACUGUGCGAUUACUGCAUUGGGUAUAUUGCGAGCAGCUUUGA